AUGAGAUUUCUCAUUGCAGCUUUCUCACUCUCCCUGUUCUUCUCUGCUAUAGCUGCGUACGACCCGUUGGAUCCAAACGGGAACAUAACUAUCAAAUGGGACGUCAUUUCGUGGACAGCCGACGGUUAUGUGGCUUCAGUAACAAUGAACAAUUUCCAAAUGUACCGGCACAUCAUGAGCCCGGGCUGGACCAUCGGCUGGACUUGGGCCAAGAAAGAGGUGAUUUGGUCCAUGGUCGGGGCCCAAACCACCGAGCAAGGAGAUUGCUCCAAGUUCAAAGGCAAUAUCCCACAUUGCUGCAAGAAAGACCCGACCGUUGUCGAUCUCCUCCCAGGAGUCCCUUAUAAUCAGCAAUUCUCCAAUUGCUGCAAGGGUGGUGUCCUGGCGGCGUGGGGCCAGGACCCACAGGCCGCCGUGUCAGCCUUCCAGGUCAGCGUUGGCCAGGCUGGCACCUCCAACAAGACCGUCAAGUUGCCCAAGAACUUCACCCUUCUUGGGCCCGGCCCGGGAUACACUUGCGGUCCGGCCAAGAUUGUUCCCCCUACAAACUUCCUCACGCCCGACCGGCGAAGGAAAACUCAGGCCUUGAUGACGUGGAAUGUGACGUGCACGUAUUCCCAGUUCAUGGCCCAAAAGCACCCGACUUGCUGCGUGUCCUUCUCGUCAUUCUACAACGAGACGAUCACGCCUUGCCCGUCAUGCUCGUGUGGCUGUGAAAACAAGAACAAAUGCAUCAAGUAA